GGAUGCUGGCAGCUAUCAGUGCAUAGCCAGAAACGAGGCUGGCUCCAUUUUCAGCGAGAAGAGUGAAGUUGUUGUAUCCUAUAUGGGCACCUUCGAGAACAAGAACGAGGGAUACUUGACCGUGGUCAGCGGUCAUCCGGCCAUCUUCGACAUGCCAGCCAUUGAUUCGGUGCCGAAACCUUCGGUCUCCUGGCAGGCGGAGAAUAGAACGCUCAACUAUGACAUCAAGUACGCCCUGACCCAGGCCAAUCAGCUGAUCGUGCUCAGCGCCGAUGAGCAGGAUCGUCACGCGUAUCGGGCACACGCCAUGAACACCCAACUGGGCAGGGAGGAGGCGAGCGCCCCUAUCCAUCUCAAUGUCACGGGCGAUCCGUUUGUGGAGGUGGCGCCCGAGAUAAUCGUACCGCCACAGGAUCUGAAACUGAAGCGUGGCGAGGGCGUGGCCGAACUGCAGUGCAUUGCCAAUGCACGGCCGCUACACGAGCUGGAGACCAUUUGGCUGAAGGACGGACUGCCCGUGGAAAAUGCCGGCAUUCUGCAUACGCUCAACAAUCCCUGGAACCGCACCUUGGCCCUGCUCCAGGCGAACAGCUCCCAUGCCGGCGAGUACACCUGCCAGGUGCGUUUGCGCAGCGGCGGCUUUCGGACGGUCACGGCCAGCGCCCACGUCUACAUCCUCGAGCCGCCCAUGUUCUUUACGCCCAUGCGUGCCGAGACCUUUGGCGACUUUGGUGGUCAGGUGAUGUUGCCCUGCGACGUGGUUGGCGAUCCGACGCCCCAGGUGCAAUGGUUCCGCAAUGCCGAACGCAUUGAUGCGCAGCUACUAAGUGGCGGGUACUCAGUGAAAGCCGAUAAUACGCUGAUAAUUAAAAAACUGACGCUGGAGGAUGAGGGCAUGUUCCAAUGUCUGGCGACCAACGAGGCCGGCGAGAAGUCGGCGUACACCUGGCUGCGUGUGAAAACAGCCUCAACCGAAGCAGCUGCUGUGCCGCAGCCGCGCGUGAAGCGUCUGGCACAGCCGCGCAUCUUGCGGGUGCGAGCCUCGCAUGCUGGCAUGGGAUCGGGUCCGAGAUCGGGCUCGGGAACGGGAUCUGGCUUGGGCUCUGGCUCGGGUUCUGGCUCGGGCUCAGGCUCAGGCUCGGGAACGGGAUCGGGAUCGGGCAUGGGCAUGAACGCUAAACACCCUGGCAAGGGUAAUAAACGCAAGGAGUUUCGCUUUGCCUCCGCCCCGAUAAUGGAGCAGCCGCCGCAGAACGUAACCGCACUGGAUGGCAAGGAUGCAACCAUAUCCUGUCGGGCCGCCGGCGCACCAAAUCCAAACAUCACCUGGAUCUACAAUGAAACUCAAUUGGUCGAGCUAUCGAGCCGUGUUCAAAUACUCGAAUCUGGCGAUUUACUCAUCUCAAGCAUUCGCGCCGCCGACGCGGGCCUCUACAUCUGUGUGCGGGCCAACGAGGCGGGCAGCGUCAAGGGCGAGGCCUACCUGAGCGUACUGGUGCGCACACAAAUCAUUCAACCGCCGGUAGACACAACCGUGCUGCUUGGCCUAACCGCAACGCUGCAGUGCAAGGUGUCGAGCGAUCCGAGCGUGCCGUACAACAUCGACUGGUAUCGCGAGGGCCAAUCGACGCCCAUUGUCAACUCGCAGCGCGUUGGCGUCCAGGCGGAUGGCCAGCUGGAGAUACAGGCGGUGCGGGCAAGCGAUGUGGGCAGCUAUGCGUGUGUGGUGACAUCGCCCGGCGGCAACGAGACGCGCUCGGCAAUGCUCAGUGUCAUCGAGCUGCCGUUCCCGCCCAGCAACGUGAGGGUGGAGCGCCUGCCCGAGCCGCAUCAGCGCAGCAUCAAUGUGUCCUGGACGCCGGGCUUCGAUGGCAACAGUCCAAUAGCCAAAUUUAUUAUACAGCGUCGCGAGGUCUCCGAACUGGAAAAAUUCGUAGGUCCAGUACCUGAUCCGCUCCUCAAUUGGAUCACCGAACUGACCAACGUUUCUGCCGAUCAACGUUGGAUCGUGCUGGAUAAUUUGAAAGCCGCCACCGUCUAUCAGUUUCGGGUGAGCGCCGUCAAUCGCGUCGGCGAGGGCUCACCCUCGGAGCCAAGCAACAUCGUCGAGCUGCCCCAAGAAGUGUUUCCACUUUUUCGAGCUCCUUCGGGCCCGCCCGUUGGCUUUGUCGGCUCGGCCAGAUCGAUGUCGGAAAUCAUAACGCAAUGGCAGCCGCCGCUAGAGGAGCAUCGCAAUGGCCAGAUACUGGGCUAUAUAUUACGCUACCGUCUCUAUGGCUACAACAAUGUGCCUUGGUCGUAUCAGAACAUAACGAACGAGGCGCAACGCAAUUUUCUUAUACAGGAGCUAAUCACCUGGAAGGAUUAUAUAGUUCAGAUCGCUGCGUACAAUAAUAUGGGCGUGGGCGUCUACACCGAGGGCGCCAAGAUCAAGACCAAGGAGGGCGUACCCGAGGCACCGCCCACCAAUCUGCGUGUGCUCGCGCUGAACUCAACGGCUGUGCAGAUUAGCUGGACCCCACCGAAUCCCCAGCAGAUCAACGGCAUCAAUCAGGGCUACAAGAUCCAGGCGUGGCAACAGCAUCUGAUUGAGGGCGAGUAUCAGGACUUGGAGAAGCGCAUGAUCACUGUACCGCCCAGCUUGAUCGAUCCGCUAGCCGAGCAGACGGCUACGCUGAAUGGCCUUGAUAAGUACGCCAAAUACAACAUCACCGUGCUGUGCUUUACCGAUCCCGGUGACGGUGUCAUCAGCCAGAAAGUGUCUGUCAUGACCAAAGAGGAUGUGCCCGACGAGAUAACUGCCCUGCACUUCGACGACAUCUCCGAUCGUUCCGUAACGGUCCUUUGGGCACCGCCCCGCCAUGCCAAUGGUGUGCUCACGGGCUAUACGGUGCGCUAUCAGAUGCGCGAUCGUCCGGAGACCAUGAAGUCGAUCAAUCUCACUGCCGAGGAUACGCAGCUCACGGUCAAUCAGCUGCAGGCGACCACGCACUACUGGUUCGAGAUCUGUGCCUGGACACGCAUUGGCCGGGGCACGCCCAAGACGGCGACCAUACAGUCGGGCGUGGAGCCAGUUCUGCCGCAUGCGCCGACCAACCUGGCACUGUCCAACAUUGAGGCGUUCUCUGUGGUGCUGCAGUUUACGCCCGGUUUCGAUGGCAACUCGAGCAUCACCAAAUGGAAAGUGGAAGCCCAGACGGCACGCAACAUGACCUGGUUCACCAUAUGCGAGAUCAGUGAUCCCGAUGCGGAAACUCUCACGGUCACCGGCCUAAUGCCCUUCACCCAGUACCGUUUGCGUCUGAGCGCCACCAAUGUGGUGGGCAGCUCGCGUCCGUCGGAGCCCACCAAGGACUUCCAGACCAUACAGGCGCGCCCCAUGCACGCACCGUACAACGUCACCGUGCGGGCCAUGAGCGCCCAACAGCUGCGCGUGCGCUGGAUACCGUUGCAGCAGACCGAGUGGUUCGGCAAUCCGCGUGGCUACAACAUCACCUACCGUCAGGUGGAGCACAAGGCGGGCACGAUACGGCAUCCACCGCGCAGCACGCUCAUCGAGGAUCAUACGGCCAAUUCGCAUGUGCUGGACGGCCUGGAGGAAUGGACUCUCUAUGAGGUGCUAAUCAAUGCCUGCAACGAUGUCGGCUGCUCGCGCGCCAGCAACGCGGCGGAGGAGCGUACUCGCGAGGCGACGCCCAGCUACGGUCCGCUAGAGGUCGAGGCGAACGCGACAUCCUCAACCACUGUGGUGGUGCGCUGGGGUGAGGUGCCGCGCCAACAUCGCAACGGACAAAUCGAGGGCUACAAAGUGUUCUACGCAGCCACAGAUCGAGUCGUACCGGUGCUGCACAAGACCAUACCGAACAACAGCUCGUUCACCACCACGCUGACGGAGCUGAAGAAAUAUGUGGUCUAUCAUGUGCAAGUGCUGGCCUACACCAGAUUGGGUGACGGUGCGUUGAGUACGCCACCGAUACGUGUCCAGACCUUUGAGGAUACGCCCGGAGCACCGUCGAAUGUCAGCUUCCCGGAUGUGACAUUCUCAAUGGCGCGCAUCAUUUGGGACGUGCCCGAUGAUCCGAAUGGCGAGAUACUCGCCUACCAGGUCACCUACACUCUGAACGGCAGCGCCAAUCUGAACUAUAGUCGCGAGUUCCCGCCCUCGGAUCGCACUUUCCGUGCCACCCAGUUGCUGCCCGAGCGCUACUACACCUUCAGUGUGACCGCCCAGACGCGCCUCGGCUGGGGCAAGACAGCCUCCGUGCUGGUGUACACCACCAACAACAGGGAUCGUCCGCAGGCGCCGUCAGUGCCGCAGGUUUCGCGCAGCCAGAUUCAGGCUCACCAGAUCACCUUCAGCUGGACACCCGGUAGAGAUGGCUUCGCGCCGUUGCGCUACUAUACGGUGCAGAUGCGCGAGAAUGAGGGUCCGUGGCAGCCACUGCCGGAGCGCGUCGAUCCUUUGGUCAGCUCGUACACGGCUGUUGGACUGAAACCCUAUACCACCUACCAGUUCCGGAUUCAGGCAACCAACGAUCUGGGCCCCUCGGCGUUCAGUCGCGAAAGUAUUGUGGUGCGCACCCUGCCCGCUGCCCCCGCAGUUGGUGUCGGCGGCUUGAAGGUGGUGCCCAUUACGACGACCUCGGUGCGCGUUCACUGGAGCGCACUGGAGACGGGCAUGUGGAACGGAGAUGCAGCCACUGGCGGCUAUCGCAUAUUGUAUCAACAGCUCUCAGACUUCCCCACUGCCCUGCAGUCGACCCCGAAGACGGAUGUCAUGGGCAUCAAUGUGAACAGCGUGGUGCUCUCCGACUUGACCCAGGAUCGCAAUUAUGAAAUCGUUGUCUUGCCGUUUAACUCCCAGGGCCCGGGUCCAGCUACCCCGCCAGCUGCUGUCUACGUCGGCGAGGCGGUGCCCACUGGGGAGCCGCGUGCCGUGGAUGCAGCCGCCAUAUCCAGCACCGAGGUGCGGCUGCGCUGGAAGCCACCAAAGCAGAGCAUGCAGAACGGCGACAUCUUGGGCUACAAGAUCUUCUACCUGGUCACGUAUUCACCGCAGGCACUCGAGCCCGGCCGCAAGUGGGAGGAGGAGAUCGAAGUUGUCUCGGCCACGGCCACAUCGCACAGUCUCGUUUUUCUCGACAAAUACACCGAAUACCGCAUCCAGCUGCUGGCCUUCAAUCCCGCCGGCGAUGGACCACGUUCCGCUCCCGUUACGGUCAAAACGCUGCAGGGUGUUCCCAGUGCUCCGCUCAACUUGCGCUUCUCGGACAUCACCAUGCAGAGCCUGGAGGUUAGCUGGGAUCCGCCCAAGUUCCUCAAUGGCGAAAUCCUGGGCUAUCUGGUCACCUACGAGACCACCGAGGAGAAUGAGAAGUUUAGCAAGCAGGUGAAGCAGAAGGUAUCGAACACCACGCUACGAGUUCAGAAUCUGGAGGAGGAGGUCACCUAUACGUUCACUGUGCGCGCCCAGACGAUUGACUACGGUCCGGCGGUUAGUGAGAAUGUGACCACCGGCCCACAGGACGGCUCACCCGUAGCACCACGCGAUCUCAUACUCAGCAAGACGCUGUCCAGCGUCGAAAUGCACUGGAUUAAUGGGCCGUCCGGUCGUGGACCCAUACUUGGUUACCUCAUCGAGGCCAAGAAACGUGACGACUCGCGCUGGACUAAGAUCGAGCAGACAAAGAAGGGUCCCAUGCAAGACUAUACCGUUAGCUAUCAUAUACUAAUGCCAUCGACCGCUUACACAUUCCGUGUGAUCGCCUAUAACCGUUACGGCAUCUCGUUUCCGGCCUACUGCAAGGACUCGAUACUGACACCAUCGAAGCUACAUCUGGAGUACGGUUACUUGCAGCACAAGCCCUUCUACAGGCAGACAUGGUUCAUGGUCUCGCUGGCGGCCACAUCGAUAGUCAUCAUUGUGAUGGUCAUUGCCGUGCUCUGCGUGAAGAGCAAGAGCUACAAGUACAAGCAGGAGGCACAGAAGACACUGGAGGAGUCCAUGGCCAUGUCGAUUGAUGAGCGCCAGGAGCUGGCACUGGAGCUAUAUCGUUCGCGUCACGGCGUCGGCACUGGCACCCUGAACAGCGUGGGCACCCUCCGCAGCGGCACCCUGGGCACUCUCGGCCGCAAGUCGACCAAUCGGCCACCCACUAGUGCCCAAUUGGGCAAAAGUCCCCCCAGGCCCUCGCCUGCCUCGGUGGCCUAUCACAGUGACGAGGAGAGUCUGAAGUGCUACGACGAGAACCCCGAUGACAGCAGCGUAACCGAGAAGCCAUCCGAAGUGAGCAGCUCUGAGGCCUCGCAGCACUCGGAGAGCGAGAAUGAGAGCGUGCGCAGCGAUCCGCAUUCGUUCGUUAAUCAUUAUGCCAAUGUCAAUGACUCGCUGCGACAGUCGUGGAAGAAGACCAAGCCGGUGCGCAACUACUCCAGCUACACUGACUCCGAGCCAGAGGGCAGCGCCGUAAUGAGCCUCAAUGGCGGCCAGAUCAUCGUCAAUAACAUGGCCCGAUCGCGGGCUCCAUUGCCCGGCUUCUCGUCAUUUGUUUGACAAUCAACUGAGUUCUAAGAUCUAAGCAACAGCAGCAGCAACACCGUCAUCAGGGAGACCUUUGUGUAAGCAUGCCCCCAGAAGCGCACGGACAUCGGAGAUCGUAGUUACCCGACUGCAAGGAGACCGCAAGGAAUUCUGCUUGGCUCUAUCUGUCAGUGUGUGUGCGUGUGACGUGGGGCGUGUGUGAUGGGUGUUUAGCUGUUGCUUGUGCUACAUGGACAAUUCGUUGUAGUUAUAUUUUAUCUAUAUACUAUAUACGUAUAAUUUAUAGUUUCUAGUACGAGAGAUCUGAGAUUUAUACAAGCAUUUAGUUUUACAACAAUGUUCCACUGACCCAGACCCAACUAAUUUUAAUAUUAAUUUUUUUUUUUUUAUAUAAGAUAUACAUAGAUUUUUUUUGUUUUUAAUGUGUUAGUUAACUUAUUUGUUUGCUGUGUGUCCGUUGUCUGCCACGCCUACAGAACGAAAAACAAAAACUUUUUGUGAUACGUAUGUUUUUUGCUCGGUUUCUGUUUGUUUGUUUGUUUUUUUUUUUUUUCUGACGACAUUUUCAAUAUGUUCAAUGCAUGAGGUGUGUGAAUGAUUGUGAAUGAUAAGAGUCCCUUAAGGCUUGCGUAAUCUCAUUAAUUUUUAAUAUUUAACUAUUUUACAAACUACGAAAGAAACAAAAAAAAAGUAAAGGAAAACCGAAAACAAACCAAGAAAUCGACAAGCUCGAGAAUCGAAAUCGAGGG